AUGGCCGACGAAGAAACCUGCUGCGGCUGCGUCUCGCUUGACGAGAACGACUAUGACAUGGGCCUCCACAUUGGCGCCAUCUUCAUCAUCUUCGUCGUGUCCGCGGCCGGCACCAUGAUCCCCAUCAUCUCGCAGAAGAUCCCGCAGUGCAAGGCCAACUCGGUCAUCAUGGAGGCCAUCAGCGCGUUCGCGUACGGUGUGGUUAUCGCCACGGGUCUGAUCCACAUGGUCAACGAGGGCGUCGAAAAGCUCAAGAGCGAGUGUCUCGGCUCGAUUGUGGAGAACUACGAGAGUCUGGGUCUGGCGUUCGUGCUGAUCACGUUGGUGCUGAUGCACUUCAUCGAGUGCGAGAGCUCGGUGUUCUUCGGCGCGCAGGGAUCGAUGCUCCACGGGCACGGCCAUGCCCACGGAGAGUUCCUGUCGCGUCCGACGUGGCAGCGGUUCACGCUGUACGUUUGUCUGUGGCUCGGUGCCGGUCUGAUGGCGCUCAUCGGCAAGUGGGCCUAA